UUUAGAUGGAAAUAUGUUGGUCUGUUAUCUAAAUGUCGAAUAGGGACACGUUUUUAUGGCGAAUGUUUUUCGGAUCCCAACAUGAUUAUGGAGUGCGAUAAAGGCGUUAGUGAAAAUGACUCAAUGAACAUCAUAAUGAAUGUAAAAUAUUUGGCUCUAAAAAAUCACUUUGUUAAUUGUUCAGAAAGGCAUAGUCCAAUAGAAUGUUUAAAGGACAGACAUCAGGAUGUCUCUGCAGUUCGAUAGAAAAAAAAAUCCCCCUCAUAUCGCAUUGACGAUGAAAACAUGAAUUAUGGACUUCAGUUGAAUGGAAACACCCAAAUAACUGGUGUAACAGUAUUUUACCCAUCCAGAAGAUUCACUUGCUGAAUUUACAAUGUAACGAAAAAAAUGGAGAAACUCAAACCAGGAACAUUUUACGAAGUGGCCUACAAGAUCUGCCCUGUAUUGGCGUUAGUCUUUAGCUUCCUGGUGACAGUAACGACCUUGUACCUCAACGAGAGUCUCUCUCUCCCCUUCAUAUUCAUCUCCAUUCAAGUCUACCUCAACUGGUACUCGAUAUAUGCAGUAAGCAACAAUGCCACAACAAUGCGAGAUAAUUACACAAAUAAUGAGCGGAUUUCUAGCGUAGUUAUUCGAAUAACUGACGAGGAAGAUUCAGCACUCAAGUUGAAAUACUGGUAUUGCGAGAAGUGCGCCCAUUACACGUGUCGACCAACCCAGCACUGCAGAGCCUGCAAGAAGUGUUUUCAUUUUCGAGAUCAUCACUGUUUUUUCAUUGGCGGUUGUAUUCUUGAACCCAACAUGGGGAACUUCAUUUUGAUAUGCUUCCACACAUCAUUAGCCUGCAUUUACUCCUCCACGAUUAUCGGUCCUUACAUUUACGAGAGUUUGAGUGAAGUUAUUGGGGAAAAUUCUACGACUUUCACGGUUUUUCUGAACUUCUGCUUUCCUGUCGCCCUUGCGAGGUUCUUAAUUACAGGACAGGGAAGUUGUUUGUUAUUUGUCGUUCUCUUUGAUACCUUAAUUUCAGUUUCCAUUGCAUGUUUUUUGUACGGAAGUUGGAAAUUGUUCAGCUGCUUGAGUGGGAAACAGAGGUAUUAUCCUCACAUAGCUAGGAAACAGGAGUUGAAAGAGAUUUUUGGAAGCUAUGGUGCUUGGAAUCUCAUUUUUCCCUAUAAUGGCCUUCUGAGGGGUCAAUAUUAAGGUAAAAGGUAUUUGUUGAGAGAUUUGACUAUUUUACUGGGAUUAAAAAUUAAAGCUCUAAACGUUCAGUGAGGAGAGGGGAACUAGGUAGCAAUAUUCCUGGCUAAAUGAUCCUUUUCCGGAUACCAAAGAAAUAAAUUGAAAAAUAACGAAGUUGACUACUGCUCAUGAAGAAUUUUGAAAAAAAUUAAUUGAAUUUAAUUGUUGAUCUCCAGAACUUCACCUCUAAAUAAGGCAAAAUAUUGUAGAAUUAAGUCUGAUGUAUUUAUUUCAUGUUUUAUAUGACAUUAUAUCAAUAAAAACUGUGAUCAGUUUUCUCCCGUU